AUGGUCCCAGUACUCCGAUUUAUUCAUAUCCAAUGUAAACACAGUGCUAAGUACUGUGGUUGGGCUAAAUGUAGCUACGGCAAGGAUGCCAAAUCGCUGGAUUGGCAAUGUAAUAAGAAUGAUACUCAGUAUACAGACUGCCAAGGUAGAUCGCCGCUUAUGUCGUACCUCUCCGGUUGCCUGCCGGGCCACCUCCAUCACCAACUAAAUUCCGUUGGUUGUAACUUUGUAUGUUCUACAUGUCCCACCUCUCAGCGUGGAAUGCCAUGUUUGACACCUCUUGGAUUCAGGGCUUUCUCAUGUUCGAAACGGAAAGGCAAGGAUAUAUGUGAAGUUCUAGAAGAUAUUUGCGGUGACGGAGGUGUACUUACCAAACUGUCCUCAUCACUUACGUGUCUGCUGGGCCUUCCCCCACGCUGUUUCCCCGACAUAUUUGCCUUCUAUUACCAACUCACAAGAAUGUGGAAUGAAAUGCCUAAAACCCCAAACGGACUUGAUGACAAAUGUAUGCAGAAGCCUAUUUGCCUCGAAAUCAUAAAUACGGUAGGAUGUAACUAUGAUACUGCCAAAACCUUCCUUGACUCAUGCCGCAACCUCUAUGACUCUCCAUCCCACUUUAUGCAUGAAAUAACAGCUGGUUACGAUCUCGGAUACCUCGUUGGCUGCAAUAAGCAGAGUUGCGGUAACGUCACUAGGCCUCUCAAUUCUUCUGCCUAUUCUGUUUUUGCCUCCACCUACGCUGAAAGAUAUUUGUCGUGGUUGGUAUACAUUUGUCCUCAACUUGUGAGCUUUUUAACCCAGUUGAAAGAAUCAUUUGGUGAUUUAUAUUGUUACGACUCUCUUUGCUCUCCAUGCCUCAACCGUGACGGUUGUACAAAAGGCAAACAUGUCACUUCGCCAUGUGGAUGCAAAUCCAUCGUCCAUUGCCGAGGGGUAUCCUCAGUGCUCUAUAGAUAUGGUCUUACGUACGCCGAUGUUGCGGACAGAAGCCAGAUCAGAUGUCACGAUUUUUGUACGGCACUGGACAAUAUGUUAAAAUAG